AUGAAGCUGCUUUUCCUGUUAUUCCUGCUUAUCCUGGCAGCAACUGUCCUUCAAUCUUUGCAACUGCAUCGUGUUCCCUUGCGUCGUUUUCCCUCGGUGCGUCAUCGUUUUCAACAGUUUGGCAUUCAAAUGGAUCGACUGCGUCUCAAGUACAGCUCCAAAACGGAGGUGGGCGAGGUCAGAAGUGUGCCGCUGAGCAAUUACCUGGAUGCACAGUACUUUGGACCGAUAAGCCUAGGCACGCCGGCACAGACCUUCAAUGUGAUCUUUGACACGGGCUCGGCGAAUCUUUGGGUGCCCUCGGACACCUGUUAUCACAAGUUGGCCUGCCAGAUUCACAGUCGCUACAAUGCCAAGAGGUCACGCACUUAUCAGGCGAAUCGGAAACGCUUUGACAUACAAUAUGGCUCGGGCAGUCUGUCCGGGUUCCUGUCGCAGGAUACGCUACGUGUGGCGGGACUGAGUGUGAGUAAUCAAACGUUUGCAGAGGCUACGGAUAUGCCGGGUCCCAUCUUUCUGGCCGCCAAGUUCGAUGGCAUCUUUGGCUUGGCCUAUCGCAGCAUUUCCAUACAGAACAUCAAGCCGCCUUUUUAUGCCAUCAUGGAACAGAAUCUCCUGCCACGUCCGGUCUUCUCGGUCUAUCUCAAUCGGCAGGCGAGCAGUCGCCAAGGUGGUUAUCUUUUCCUGGGUGGCUCCAGUCCACGGUAUUAUCGGGGCAACUUCACCUAUGUGCCUGUAACACAUCGCUCCUACUGGCAGAUUAAGCUGGAGAAGGCGCGCAUUGGACAGCUGCAGUUGUGCCAGAAGGGUUGUCAGGUGAUCAUCGACACGGGCACCUCAUUUCUGGCCGUACCCUACGAUCAGGCCACACUCAUCAAUGAGUCCAUUGGCGGCAUACCCGCUGCCUAUGGUCAGUACUCUGUGCCCUGUGAGCAAGUACCUCAUUUGCCCACAUUAAGCUUCAGUUUGGGCGGUCGUCGCUUUCAGUUGAAGGGCGAGGAUUAUGUUUUUCAUGACAUCUUCGCUGACCACACUGUUUGUGCCUCUGCCUUCAUAGCCGUCGAUCUGCCCUCGCCCAGUGGACCGCUCUGGAUAUUGGGUGAUGUGUUUCUCGGCAAAUAUUAUACAGAAUUCGACAUGGGCAAUCAUCGCAUUGGUUUUGCCGAUGCCAAAGAUUGAUAUUGUAUCACUUGGCCCACUAAGCGACUGUCAUCUGGAGUUGUGGAGGCUGUCAAAAAUAAAAAUAAUUUAUUUUAUUAUUUUAUUACCUGCUUCAAAAACAAACAAGCCAGCCGGAGCACAAAACUCACGUCAAUGUCCGCAAAUUGUGUGGGCGGAAGCUAAUCAAAACUCGCUUGCAGGCACCAAACUGAAGCCAGCGAAGACUCAAAAA